UUAACAUCAAAACAAAGUCGCAUGUGAACAUUUAUUUAUUUCUCGAAGAAAUAAUUAAUUUUUACCGAAUUUCAUUGAAAAUAUUAAUUCCAUAAAAUGGUUGAAGACACAGAAGUUCAUCCCACGAGCAUUCGAGGCAGACCAAAGUCAGGAAGACAUUGGAAAGACCCUAAAGAAAGGUUCACAAAAGUGAAGAAAUCAAUCAAGACAAACACAAAUACGUUGAAGAAGGCGAUGGCUUUGAAGAAUGAGCUCAAACGAAUCAAGGAGUUGUCGAAUCAGAUAAAAUUGGAAAGAGCACAGGAGAAUGAAAUGAAGAGACAAAGGAGAGAGGAGAAUGCGAAACGCCGCUUAGAGAACGAACGCAAAUCUGAAGUUGUCCAAAUCAUCAAAAACCCAGCAAAAAUUAAGAAGAUGCGGAAGAAACAAUUACGACAAAUUGAGAAACGGGAUACGAGCCAAAUGUGAAUUGAUAAUUUUCUGAAAAUUAAUAAAAAAAAUAAUA